GUAAGGCCGGGACAGAGGGCGACGGGCAGGGGGGGCAGGAGAGAAGGAGGCAGGCGACGAGAGGAGAGGAGAGCGCAGCCCAGGCCCAGGACGAUGCAGGCCCUUCUGACCUCCUGCGUGGGAUCCCUCCGCUCCUUCGCCACCUCCACUCGCCACCAGCUGAAAAACAAAGUCCCUGAACAUCAGAAGCUCUUUCAGGCGGAUAAUGACCUGCCCGUGCAUCUGAAAGGGGGCAUGGUGGAUGGCUUGCUGUAUCGACUCACUAUGACCAUCGCUGUCUUUGGCUCCUGUUACUCUGUCUUCUCACUGGUCAGAGCUGCUUUCCCCCAGAAGAACAAAUGAGAUGGCAGCCAGGAAUAGCUGGUUCCCCUGCCCCACUGGGGCCUGUUUGGGGCUGGAAGCAGAGAGCAGAGAGCUGUGUACUUUAAGAAAACCCCAAUCCUCAGAAAUCAAUAAAAAGCACCUUUAAAAACUG